GAAUAAUAUUAUCAGAGAAGUUUCUAGUAUCAAAGAUCAUGGAAUUACCCUCGAUUCUAAGUUAAACUUUGACAUUCAUGUAGAAAAUAUUGUCCAAAAAUCUUUAAGAACCUUAGGGUUUAUUCUCAGAAAUACAAAAAAAUUUUCUAAUGCUAAGUCUAUUUUAAUAUUAUAUAACUCAAUGGUUAGAAGCACUCUUGAAUAUGGGUCAACUUUAUGGUCACCGUGUUAUUAUAAAUACAUCAGUCGGAUAGAAGGAGUUCAAAGAAAACUAAUAAAACAUUUAAAUUACCGGUUUAAUAGAAAUAUAAUUCUUGAAUCAUAUGAUUUUAGCUUACGACAUUACAAAAUAAAUAAACUUGUUUCAAGGAGAGUUGUUGCUCAUCUUAUAUUUCUUUACAAACUCAUAAACAACAAAAUUGACUCUGUGUAUACACUAGAAAACUUAAACUUUUACGCGAAAAAUCACACAUCUCGCUCAACUAAUCUUUUUUUUAUAACUCAGCGUUAACAAACUAUUGUAACAACUCUCCGGUAACAAGACUGCAAAACUACUAUAAUCAAUAUUUUGACCACCUUGAUCUGGCUUAUGUUUCUCUGUACACACUAAGGCACGCUGCUUUUUCGGUUCUCUCGUGAUGUACCUCCUAUUUAGCAUUGUAAAAAACACUCGAAAUGGUCGCACCAAGUAACGUGCCUUGGAGUAGAA